AUGCAUUGCCGUGACCUCCGCAGAGGCACUGGGGCGGCGUCGUUCGAGCGAACCUUACUCACUCAGUCGUCAGUUGUUGAAUGUGAACGCGACGCCCAACCCGGCACGUACGUAACGCAUAAGCAGCACACUGUUCGCAGCGACGCCGCCGUAUGA